GCGUAAGAAGUAUGUGAUUAAUGUAAACCGGCUAAGCGGUUCUGGAGUAUGGACAGCCCAAUGCGGCGGGGCGAGAUGACAUCUCGAUGGAGCGGUUGCAAUUGUUGUCCACCACCGGAGACGGGAGGGGCCAGCUAAUUCCUCUCCCAGGGCAAUAAUUUGCUUCCAUGUCGCAGCGCUGGAGGAUGAACCUGACGUCGCAGGUGGUUCCGUGAGUCAGUGACUGGUCGAGAGCCCUUCCAGAAUAGUUCGACCCGGCGGGUUCCCUUAUCACCUGCCUUCGUCCAUCCAUCCUUCUCUUUCUUUUCUUUCUGUCUCUUGAAAACUUGCGCUGCAAAACAAUUCAACUACACUCCACCAACCUCCCUGCGCUGAUCUCGGCAUUAUCGCUGUCGUCGAAUCGCUCUCCCCACGAUCUUGAUUGGUAGUCCUUAUCACUCGACUAUCGGAAGUUUUAGUUAGCCUUGGUGACGUAGUCAAUCUGCACAAUGAGGGUUAUUAUCCGUGAAGAUCCUCAGGGUGUCUCUGAGUAUAUUGCAGAGUACAUAGUCAGUCGAAUCAACACAUUCAGCCCCACGCCAGAGAAGCCAUUUGUCCUGGGUCUGCCCACCGGUAGCAGCCCGGAAAUCAUCUAUCGCAUUCUCGUCCAGAGAUACAAGGCGGGCGAAAUCUCUUUCCGCAAUGUCGUUACUUUCAACAUGGAUGAAUACGUGGGAAUCCCGCGCGACCACCCCGAGUCGUACCACAGCUUCAUGUACAAACACUUCUUUUCGCACGUCGACAUUCUCCCCGCAAACAUCAACAUCUUGAACGGCAACGCGCCCGAUUUGGCGGCAGAGGCAGCGAACUACGAGGCCAAAAUCGCGCGAAUGGGCGGCAUCGAGCUGUUUUUGGGGGGUGUUGGCCCAGAUGGUCACAUUGCGUUUAAUGAACCCGGAUCCUCGCUCGCCAGCCGCACUCGUGUCAAGACACUGGCUUACGACACCAUUGUCGCCAACUCGCGAUUCUUCGACGGCGAUGUCAACAAGGUGCCCAAGAAGGCGUUGACUGUGGGUAUUCAAACCAUCAUGGAUGCGCGUGAGGUGGUGAUUGUCUGCACAGGCUCCCACAAGGCGCUUGCUCUCCACCACGGCUUGGAGGGUGGCGUGAAUCACAUGUGGACUCUGUCCGCCCUGCAGCUGCAUCCUCACCCCCUUAUCGUCGCCGAUCGCGAUGCAACUAUGGAAUUGAAGGUCAAGACUGUCAAGUACUUUGAAUCGAUCGAGCAGUCCGGUACCGAUGCGCGUACCCAGGGACCACCACUGGUCUACCGCCCGCGAACAUACGUGCCAGCUCCAGUGCAGACGACCGGAACAAAGCCAACGUCAGAUGCCAACCAGCAGGCGAAGAUUUUCCCCAAGGACCUGAAAAUCAACACAGACAUGCGCCGGUCAAUGGACGAAGACGGCGAAUUGACCCCAGACAGCAUGUCAUCCCGUUUACUCGACUCCGGGGUCGGUGGAUUGGAUGCCGCAUUGAAGAACGACCUCAUGCCGGAAUCAAUGGGAUCCCGUGUUGCUGCAGUUUAACUUUUUUCGAAAGACUGAGGCGGAAUGACGAGCAGGAAUUGGCUACAUUUUAUUUCCAUAAGCGGAUUGGUUUUCAUAUGGUUUGGGCAAGGUUGUUAUUUUCUUAUUCCAGUCUGCUAGCCUUGGCAGAUUUAUUCUGCAUGUAACAGAUUUUUGUGGCCCUUGAAGAGCAAGAGCAAGAGCAUCGAGGGUUGUUUUUUUUUUAAAUCUCGUAUGUAUGAGGUGAAAUGGCGUACGGUGAAAUCCAGAAUAUAUACCACAUAGCAAGUGAUUCAUAGACCAAUUAUUCAAUUUUAAC